AUGUAAGAAAUCAAACAAAUACCAUCAUUUCUAUAAAAAUUAUAUGAAAUUCUUGAAGUAAUAGAAAAUUUGUUAUUAUUGAGUCCGAAUAAAAAGCUAUUGGAUGGAAUAAGGAAGGUACUACAUUUUAGAUUUUGGAUUCAUCAUUAUUAACAGAACAAAUAAUGCCUUAAUAUUUCAAGCAUCGUAAUUAUUAGAGUUUUUUGAGGUAGUUAAAUAAUAAUAUAAUACUAGAUAACUAAAUAUGUAUGGAUUUAAGAAGUUAAAAAAUAAAUAAGGUAAAAGUGAAUUCCAACAUUCAUAAUUUAGAAGAGGUCUCAAGUAAUAAUUUUGUAUUAUUUCAUUAGGAAUAAUUUAUUGAAUAUCAAAAGAAGAAAUUAAGAUGAUAUAAAAUAAAGUUUAGAAUGUUUAACUAAAGAAUUUGAAUAAGAAUCCUAUCUCAAUGAACAUGAAAAGCUUCGUAAAUAACUUGUAGAAUUAUAAUCAAAUUAAAGAUCUCUUUUAGAAGAAAUCAGACGUUAAAUGUAACGCAAUAGAAAUCUAUAAAGAGAAACAUAAGAUAUUACUGAGGUAUAAACUAUCAAUCUAUAGCAUAGAGAAUUAAUACAGUGAAAAGUUAUUAACUUAGAAAACUCAAUAAACUUAUUAUUAUCAUUUAGAAACUUCCUGAAGAUGCAUAAAUUAGUAAAAUGGCAUUAAUUAAAGAAAAAAUAAUAAGAAAAUUAGAACUUAUUGAAGAAGAGAAUGUUAGUAUCAAGGAGUUAUCUCUAGAAAAAUAAGACUCUUAUAUGUUUUAAGAACCAAAUCUAACUGGGGUUAAGAGUCCUGCUGGAUACUCACCUAAAACUAAAUGA